CGAGAAGCCGAAUGCGCCAUUCGGCGCGUGCGAAGAGCACCUGAUCCAGGUUAAGAGUCAUGCUAGAAUCUUGUCGUUUGGUGCAGGUAAGGCGCCGCAAAGAUGAAUAGGCGUCGUUGAGUGACAAAGGCGCCUGGCUGGAGUCAUUGAGCGUUGUUCCUUCUGAGCAUAAGUCGCGUACCCUUUCCCAUGGAUGCCGGUCACUCUGCUCCAAGAUCCCCGGCAACUAAUUCCAGUGUGGCGGCGAAUAUCGGUAUGGUAGAUCAAGAUUGGAAACCGUAUCUUUUUGUAGCUCAGCGCCCGGCAACCCAACGAAAAGAGGCUGAGAAGUGGAUUCCUGCGGAGGCUGUUUCGCGGCCGCUCCAUGGCAAGAAGCAAGGAACGGGAAGAUCGAUGGAAGCCACAUUUCCUUGA